CACGUUCAACUGUCCCGAUUGCCCCAAAACUUUUUUGACCUCAAGAAAAUUGAGAAAACACUCCUACGUCCAUGGCGAACGAAAGUACUAAUGCCACGACUGCCUUAAAAGGUUCUUCUCGAAAAACCAGAUGCUCUACCACAUCAAGUCCACGCAACAAAAGCCGAACCCAUACAAUUCCUUGGUUGAGUUGGGUUCGUUGAGAGUCCAAGUAAUUAAACUCAGUUCCAAAGCCUCCAGAGGAGUCUGGUAUUUCUUCUUCAGCACGUCAGCCACGUUCAACUGUCCCAAUUGCCCCAAAACCUUCUUGACCUCAAGAAAAUUGAGAAAACACUCCUACGUCCAUGGCGAACGAAAGUACCAAUGCCACGACUGCCUUAAAAGGUUCUUCUCGAAAAACCAGCUGCUCUACCACAUCAAGUCCAUCCAUCAAAAGCCGCACCAUUUCUGUCCACACUGUGGCAAACAAUUUAAAGAAAAAUUGUGGUUCGAGAAGCACCUGAAGUCACACAAUCCAGACCUGAAGCCAGAGUUUCCGUGCCAGAUUUGCGAUAAAAGGUUGAUGUCCUUCAAAUACUUGGAGGCUCACAUGCGCAAGAGGCAUGCGAACGAUGAGAGGUAUCCGUACUUAUAUAGACGAUAUUGUUGUGAUAUUUGUGGGAAGGAGUUACUCAAGAAGAACCUUAAGGUUCACAUGAUGUCCCAUAAAGGUGAGAAGCCUUAUACCUGUGACCACUGUGGCAAGAGCUUCGUGACGCGAGUGUGCCUAAAGACUCACUUGAGGACUCACACCAAUGAGAAGCCUUAUUUGUGUCCGAUUUGUGGCAAGGGCUUCUCUCAAAAGUACUCGGUGACGGUACACGUGAGGUACCACACUGGGGAGAGACCGUACGAGUGUUCCCGAUGCCAGAAGGGCUUCGUUACAAAGACCGAACUGAAGAACCAUAUCUGUUUGAAUAAAUGACAUUGGUUGAAAACUGUUUUUUUGUUUCUCCAUAAAGUUGUUUAAUAAAAGGACUCACACUGACUAAAAACCCU